CGCCAGUUGUAGUUUUGAGUUGUGAGUUCACAUUUCGCAACUCGUUCCUCGAAGCAGCCUUUUCAUCGAAGCGCCAGCACAUGUAGUUGCAACCGAGUUUUAGUCGAAGCUCCACAAUGAAGUGAAGCUACAGUCGGUGCCAAGAAUCAGUCUGUGUGAUUCUUAUUUUAACUACUUGAGAAAACCAAGCCCUCAACAUGUUGAAGCAAACAGCAUCUGUCAACAGCGUCUCGAUAUGAUCUCCUCCUCCGACAAGUCUCGUUCUCCUUCACCGUCUGUUCUUCGGCGUCUACCUCCCGCUCAACAGCUCCGUCCCUCAACUCGUUCACGACAUAUGAGGUGGAAAGCAGCUGCCUUCCCUGUGUGUAGUUGUGUACUCCAUUUGUGGCAGCUUCCAGGACAACUACUACCGGAAUCAUGCCCGUUCUCUUCAGUCAUGAUCCACGCACGAGUGGUCGACCAGCGCCAGGGUGCUGGGGACGACCCUUCCGUGGUCUCUGGCCGCACCUCUGGUUCAUCUGGGUUCUCACCGGAAGUUGAUGCGCGAAGAGCAGACGGUGGUCAUGACAAUAACUUUGACUUAUCCGCACAAGGAGUUGAUGAUGAAGAGGACGAAGAACCGGGGGAGGAGGCAUACGAGUCACCAGUGACGAGACGAGCAGACGGUGCCUCCAGUGAUGUUGAACAAAAACGCACCAAAAGCGUGAACGCGCUCCCCCUCCACGGCGAGGAGGAGCCCCGCUUUGGUAGGCCAUCGUCCUUCGGGUCCGACUUUAUUCCCUGAAAAUUACCCAUCCACAUCCAUUUUUUGCAUGACAAACACAUGAUUUUAUACGUGUUUUGCAUGACAAAUUGGAUGUGGAUGGGUUUUUUUGUUUGGAUAGACUUCGUCAAGGUCCUCGAAGUGAAACCGGAGGGGUUCGCGAGUAACCCGUUGUCCGGCGACGAGGGGGUAGAUGAAAGCAAACCUGCCGAAUCCGCGCUGCAGGAGGCUGGGGAAGGUGAAGAGGCUGAGGAAAAAACUAAAGAAGUGCAGGUCAAGCGCCGGCCGUCAGAAGAACGUGAACCGGCAGACGACCUUUCAGGUGCGAGCAAUUUUUCCGGCUCUGCGUCUUCAUCUUUGAGACGGCCAACAUCCGCAUCUACCUCGCUAGUUGCAUCGCCGUGGUCCUUCUGGAAGAAGUUGGGACUGAUGUUCUACGCGAGAAACGGCCGGUUUGACAUAUCGCGACCGGCAGAAUUUCUCCGCUCAGACACGCUGCGGGUGUACCCGAAGCCCGGCGAAGAUCUACUCGCGUGUCAGUGUGUUUUGCUUGACUACGUUAAUUCGGCCGAGUCAUCAGAAUCAUCGCCCCGGCUUGCAGGGCAAAACAAAUCGGACGAGGAAGUAGAUACCUCCGCAACUAGUACAACAAUGUUGACACCAGCUAUUAUUGCUAACAGUACGUCGCAGAGAGUGGAAGACGAAGAAGUAGCGGACCGCGUCGCCGCACAACAAAAUAUGACCGCCAUCGCUCCAGCAAAUAACAACAGUAAACACAACAUCACUUUUCCACCCUGCUGGGCGAGGCCGCUACUAGAUCUGAUGGUCCUGCCCGGCCGCUUGGCGUAUAGCGGCGAGCGCUAUUAUGUGCCUUGGAACUCUCGCGCCGCGUAUCGGUUGCUGAUGACGAAAAAUCCCGCAAUGCGGAGAUGGUUGCUGAAUCGGAACGAGGCGGUUCAAAAAUCGAAGAGCAGCCGCACUUGGUGGGAUCAUGUGCGAGACUGGCUGCCUUUUCUUCCUUCGCUUCACUCUCAAAACGACUGGGACAAGGACGCGACGGAAAGACGUGCGCUUGAUGCCAGCAUCUUCGAUACGGUGUACGAAGAUUUAUUGACUCCGCUCGAUGCGCAUGAAGACCUGCAUAAGCGCAGCCCGAUCAUUCGGAAGAGAGGCGACAACUUUCAGUCCUUUUUUGAAGAUCCGUACCUACAGCCAAUAGUCGAAAAUGUCGCCGCGCGGCAGGAAGUGGAUAUGGCCACGAAUGCGGUCUUCUACGGUCAACCGGCAGAGAUGAAUAGGUUGGUCGAAGUUCUAGUCCAGGAGCCGCUGCGUCACCGUUCGCUAGAGGACGACUGGCGCCGCGAGGUAGAGACUUCUAUCCCAGAGGACAAGUACGCCUGCUAUGUAGUGCCCAACUAUUACCCGAGAACUUGCCAGGCGAUGUGCGAUGCGACAUUUGCAGACCAACGCGCACGGACCUUGAGUACGACCGAUCUAGAAGAGCUACGCUUUAAGCCGGACGUACUGGUGGACCUACUCGUGGCGAACGGCACUGACAACAAGGAUAAGGACGAGGUCGAGGCUCAGCACAAGCUUCUUGUCGCUGCUACACACCUAAUCACUUACGCGCUCGUGCGCUACAGGGAAACAGGGCCCCGGUCGGUUGAGAAAAUAAACUUUAUUGAAGACGAAGGACGUUGAUGACAUAAGUCUUCCCUUCGAAUCCGAUCACUAUCGAAAACUAAAUUUGCGAAAGAAUCUAGCAGAAGCGCAGCUGCAUCUACUGCCCUAUCCCUCAAUCAUGAUGUGCUAACUGACAAUCGUGUGUCAGUGACACACGAACAACGUCCCCAAAGCCCUAGCAGACCUCCCCUGCAAUGCUAGCAAAGCAACAUAAUUAUUGAUGAUGAUAAUUAUGAUGAUGAUGCUCAACUUGAAAGAAGCUCGCUCACGAGCAACGCGUCACUUCUGUGAGCUCUUCAUCGCAAG